CUCCCUGCCACAGUGAAGCACAUGAUGGUGAGCAAAGUGGUUGCCUUUUAUGGCCUGAUGGUUGCCCUUGUCUGCCUAACGACAAUCCUCACCCAUCGCCAAUUGGCGGUGCAGCUGUUCGAGUUGCGCUGGACGCUGUCGGUGCACUCGCUCUCCGUGCUGGACACGUACCACCAGUGGGUGGAUCUUCGGGACUUUGCCGGUCAUGUGCUGAUUAUCGUAAACAUCGCCUCCCAGUGUGGUUUGACGAGGCAACAGUAUGCGGGCCUGGGCCUGCUGCUGGAGCGCUACUGGUGGCGUGGCCUGCGUAUCCUCAACUUUCCCUGCAACCAGUUUGGCCAGCAGAUGCCCGAGUCGGACGGGCAGCAAAUGGUGGACCAUCUGCGACAGGUGGAGGCCAGGAUUGGUCAUGUCUUUGCCAAGGUCGAGGUGAAUGGACCCGAGGCCGCACCGCUGUACAAAUUGCUCACCCGAAACCGCAGCCAUAUGCGUAGCGGCGAGAUCGAGUGGAAUUUUGUCAAGUUUCUGGUGGAUGGACGAGGUCAGGUCUAUGGUCGCUAUGGGGCUACGGAAGAGCCAUCUGUUCUGGGCAGUGACAUUGAGCUGCUGCUCGGUAAAGGGUCCCAAUAAAUUUCACCGAA